AUGUAUAAGACUACUCUAAAUGCAUUGUUAGAAACUUGCAUAAAUGAAUUUGAGAUAGAAAAUAUGCUUACUGAAAUUGCCAAGCAAGUACUUGUAGAUUGCAAUAUCCUAUCACCAAAUAUUAUUAUAUUAAAACCUGAUAACUUCCCAAAUUCUACAAAGUUAUUGUCUGCCUUUGAUGAUCUAAAUAUAGCAACCCAUUUUCUGUUUGAAGAUGCAUCAGAAAUUAGUGAAAAGAAAGAUGCUUCAACAUCAUAUCAGACAUUAUCAUCUUUUGAAAUUAACCUUUUAAAACAGACUCAUUGUGCUGCUACAAAAGUAGAAAAAGAUAUACUUGUUGAAUUAUUUAAAGUUAUAGAAGGGAUGCCUGAAGCUGUAAUUCCAACAGUUAUAUUAAAACUUCAAACUAUAUCUUCAGAUUCAGAUUAA